UGUCUCAGUAUUUCACGUAUAAGAACAAACAGUAAUUUUCAAUUUAGGCCACCCGCCCACUAACACUUUUGAUUCCGAUUACAUAUCAAUCCCUUGCAGAUUUUUGUGAGCGCUCAGUGCAGAGUCCAUGCCCAGGAAUGAUGGCGAGACUGUUUCUCUUAGAAAGAACACACCAAGAAAGGAAUGAGAAGUUGUAUAUCCUGUUUAUAAUUCCCGAAGAGAAAUACCAGGUUUACAAAGCCAUUUUGGAGAGUUACGUCGAUGACACAACAUCACAGCAAGGCUACAAAACCAGACAAAUUCCAUUUGCUGUUGAUAAUGCCAGGAGCCGAGAGUUUCAUACCCUGUAUGUGCAGGAGCAGAUGAAAGUGUCAUUUGAACUAGAGAGCCAAUGGCAGCGAAACUUUGUCACUCUAGAUGCUGGACGAGAAUACGUUUUCAGGGUUCCAAACAUUCGCUGUGAGAGUGAAAACAGAGUAGCACCAGGGGCCAAGUCACAUUUUAGGGUGGAGUAUACUGGUGGACCUGGAAGGCUUUGUCAAGAACAAGGCAAAAUAACAUUGACAGUUGAUUCAACAGUGCAGUCUACCCUGUUUUUCUCCAUUGCUAUUUGGGUUCCAGACUGAUGGGAAGAAAAGAAAACAACUUGCAGAAAGAUUAAUUCUACAUGGAGUACUCAGGUUCUCUGUCCCAUUGGUAAUGUUGUUAACACAUUAUUAUGAUAUUAUUGUUAACUGUUUUCAUUAAGAUAAAAAAAAACCUUGAAAAAAGAAGAAAAAAAGAAAAAAAGAAAG